AAUGUGGAUUCCUAAACAGUGGCGAGCCAUGACUGGUCUUCUGUGAGUCGCGCGAAGCAGAAGAUCCCAACCAACUCUCUCUCCCUGCAAAUCAAAACCAAAAUUAGCACCACCCGAGUAGGCACAAGCAGAAUCCCUCUCUUUCUCCGUAAACCCUACGUCGUUUCGAUCUGUAGUGAAGAUUUUGCAUCAUAGUAAUUGGGCUUUGCUUAAAGGUCCAUGUCUGUGCCCAACGAGGAUAACAUGUCUCCUCAUAUGCAGCUUUCAUCCCAUUUUUUUGGGGAUCUCCUCGAUUCCAUUAUUGUUGAUGUUGCCUCUGAGUGUCAUCGGAUGGCAAGACUGGGUCUUGAUCGCAAUUUGGAGGAAGAGGAAGAAGAAUUGAGGUUGUCAGCACAAGCUCGUGUUACAGUAGCUGAUCCUAGUAAUAGUGGUGAAACCAAUGGCAAGUAUGUGGUAGACAUUUUCGGACAAACUCAUCCAUGUGUUGCAAAUGAAGUUUUUGACUGCAUGAAUUGCGGGAGACCAAUUGUGGCUGGAAGAUUUGCUCCUCAUCUGGAGAAGUGCAUGGGAAAGGGUAGGAAGGCUCGUGCCAAAGCCACAAGAAGUAGCACAGCCGCACAGAACCGGUACUCACGAGGCAGUCCUGUUUCCGCAAACUCCCCUUACUCAAAUUCCACCAGCACAAACAGGUUAUUGAAUGGAACAUACAGUCACACAGUCGAAGAGUACUCAAAUGGAACAUGUGAAGGGCCCUGAAUAAAACACGAGUGAUGCAGGCUGACUUCAAGACAUGUAGCAACUACAAUUAAUGAGGGUUGUCUUGUUUUCUUAAAGUUAAUAUCAAAAGAGGACUUUACGGCACAAUCUGUCUGUAAAUAUUGCAAAUUAAUCCUUUGUUUGAAACUUCGAUUAUGGAAUGAGAGCAAAACCUCCUGCUGCAGUUGACUGUUGCUA